UCUCCGUAUUUAUGCGCAUCCUCGUCACCGGUUUUACGUCACGGAUCGUUACCAUCCAGGCACCGAUGGGCGAGCGAGCGACCCUUCCUUCCGUUGUUGCUGCGUCAACGCGGCACUUGGUAGUUUCCGCUCCGACCUCAGUGGCCAGAGGAGAAUGCUGACGUGUUAACUGAAUAAAACGUUUCAGUGCUUUAGCCUCCCGAAAAAGAGAGAGUUGGUGUAUAUAGUUAUAUUUGUAGCAUUCUAUUCAAAAUCAAUCAGUUAAGGAAAGUGUUAUCAUUGUUUCCAGAUGGAUUAUAGUACAAAUGGAAGGUAAAGGAAUAACAUUCAUAGAUAUUUAAACUAAAAUACCAAAAUGGAAAAUAAUUAAUCUUUGGUUAUAAAUGCGUAUGCAUGUUUUUCUAUCAUGCACACGCCGCACACACACACACACACACACACACACACACACACACACACACACACACACACACACACACACACACACACACACACACACACACACACAUAACACGACAGAAAACGACCCUCGUGUCCUGCGGCCAAGCCCCACGCCCCCACAGGAGCGAGCGAGCAAUGGGGUCGGGACGCGAGAAAUAGCAGAGACAAUAUUAGUGAGAUAAUUUGUGUGACGGUUCGGGCGGCGUCCCAUUACGGCGGCGGGCGCGCGCUUCGGGAUUACGCUGUCCUCGUUGGAGGGGUUACAUUGCCUUCGUUGUCGCGAUUGCUUUAUCUUGGUUGUUGGGAUUAUAUUGUCUUCACGUCGGGAUUACAGUAUGUUCAAUGUCGUUGUUGGAAUUUGUCUUCGUUGUUUUUGCGCGAGUUGCCUUACUGUAUAUCACGCCAUCUCUCGGACUUGUCUUUCGGGAUUUUGAAAUCGGAUUUUGUUGAUGUCCUUGAUAGCAUAGUGAUGAUGGUAAAUGUCAUGGGCGGUGAUAAUUACAAUUGUCAAUCGGUUUAAAAGCAAGAUUGUCACUGUUUUUGAACAUUGUUGGUAAUGUCAGUUCUUAAUACAGUUAUCAGCCUGGUCAUUGUUACUAUUUCGUAAUUUAUUCAUUUCAAUUUUCACUUUUCCUUCUUUUUCUUUUCCCCGUCGGUGUCUUCAUAUCAAUUACACGUAAAAAGCGAAUUAAACGUUCUCGCUUUCGCGUGUCCUCUCAAGACAUAGACGGUAAAGGCACGCUCCCAUUUUUAGGAAUUUAUGUGUUCUUCUUAGUUUCUUGUGCCGUUCCGAAUUUGUAUCAUAGAUUUAUGUAAAAAGAGUUUGGCAGAGAACGAGCCAGUAUGUACGUGUGUUUAUAUAUAUAAGUGUGUGUGUGUGUGCGUGUGUGUGUGUGUGUGUGUGUGUGUGUGUGUGUGUGUGUGUGUGUGUGUGUGUGUGUGUGUGUAUGUGUGUGUGUGAGGAGACUGAAACCCCAUAUAAGAUACUUCAUCAUUAGUUAACGGAGGCGUAGCUGAGUUAUCUUUCAAAAACUAAAAAACGCUGUGAUAUAAAAUUAACGGGUACCUUCGUCAUCAAAAAAAUCCAGAUUUUAUAAUAAUAAAAAGAACAUUUAAAUUCUCCGUCUGAAAAAAAAAAAAAAAAAAAAAAACACUAGAAGAGGCUAUAAGAUCUACAAUUUCGUCUCAGACAACAGGGAAAUGGACCAUUCGUUUAGCUGGAACGAAGGCGAGAAGAGAAAUGUAGCACGGUCUUCCUUGACGCAGCCUGGUUAUGCAACGGGAAUGCCUGAGGCUAACCUGAGAUUAGAAAUCUAAUGGUUGAUUCUUCUUUCCUCAAAGUGUAUUAUAAAAGGAGAUUUCGUGAAUAUUUUUUUUCUCUUCGAUAUCGUAAGCUAUUAUCUAGAUUGCUAUCUCCCAUGGUAAUUAGCAUGCGAACCUUCGUGAUAAGUUGCUUACUAUGGUCACUCUUCAACUUGUGUUUGAAUACUAAGAUUCUUAGUGUCUUAGCUUUUCUUGAAAGAUUUCCUUCCCGACAAAACAGGGGAAGGAUGCAUUGUGUAAACCGACCAAAAUUACGUGCAACUGCCCGGCGUCAUUCUUCUUGGGAAAAUCCGUGACUGCACUCGAGGGCGGACGCCGGUGCUGUUUGUCAUAUAUAAGAGAUGCUUUCCUGUGACGCAGUUUGAGGAGUCCCCCGGCCAGUUGGAUCUCUACGGCGAGAGAUUCUGUCUCGUCUCCACAGUGCAGUGCAUCAGCUAUUGCGGAGCAGGGGAUUGUUGCUUUGACAAUCUGAUCCCGACGCCCGCAAUGAGGUGGUUGCUGCUGCUUGUCCUCUCCUGCGCUCUCCUCGCCCCGCCCGCCGCCGCACGACCACCACACAGACAGAAGCGUGUGAGCGACCAGCGACUGGCAGAACUGGAGACCCUUCUGGCGCUGGCCAAGAUGAAGAACAGGAAGUACGUGACCCUCCCCGUCGGCUUCGGCCUCAUCGAUGUCCAGCAGAUCGGCCGCCGCAAGAGGGCAGCACCCCUGGCAGCGCCCCGUGACCUCCCUGUCCACAACCCUGAGGAGUAUGACAUUGGUGACCUUUUUGCCGACCUUUCGUCCGCCUUCUCCGCCGACUCCAUGCGAAACGAGCGAGGCUACGACGACACAUACCCCGUCGAUGACCUGAGUGUCGUGGAGGAGCUGAAGGGGAGCGGGAAGGAGAGCGAGAAGCAAGGCCAUCUGACGGAAGUAAGGCCGGGCUCCAGGACCUUCUUCGUGGGCAUGGAAGGAGUCCCCCGCCAGAGGUAUAUUUAGAUAAAUCGGAAACCUUCACAGAAUCCGGAAGAUCUGCCAACUCUACGUUUAUUUAUUUAUUUCCACUGAAGCUAGUCACAAGUUACUCUUAAGUUUUGCCGAAGUCUCACAUCCCUCCUCCACCCCACCCCCACCCCCCUCCUCCUCCCGCGCUCCCUCAAGCAGCACCUUCGCACGAACGCACGGAAGGCGGACGAGAAAAGAGGGCGAUGGCCGGAGAGCGAAGCCGAGUGGAUGACGCAAUCCGCAGCAUCCAGAAGUCGGUCUCAAGAAAGAGGUUGCUUAGGAUCCACCUAGUUUGUCCAUCCUUCGUCUCAUGUCCCGAUUACGAGGUUCAGCGAAAGAGAAACGGGAAAAAUGCCAUUCCCAUAAAGUACACAUAAAAUGCGAAAAUAUACACAACAGACAUUAUCAUACUGGCAAAAACACCCAAACACACGCACACACGAACCCAGCUUCACGAGGAGAGAAAGUUUACAUGAAGAGAGGCAUUGCCAUGUCAUUAUGUUGUAUUUACUUAUGAAUGUCUUUCAAUUCUUAUUUUUACUACAAAUGCUGUAAACUUUGAACGAAGAUUUCUCUGCUCGAUUUAAAGAUGAAGUUCUGGUUUACAACAUGUUCUAUAAUUUACCUCUGUUGUUUGCAAUGAGAUCUGUAACAUGUAAACAUAAUAUCACGCUGAGUAUUAGUGAAUAAAAAGGUCAGCUCAAGGAAGAAAAAUAUGAUCUGAGCUUCCUACCCCGAAGAUAUUCCAUAUAAGGAUUCAAAGCGAAAUAUGAAGGAUCUAAUAGCACAGAGGCCUUUUGGAAGUCAUUUAAAAGAACCGAACACCGAGCUCCGGCAGCUACACAUCUACUAAUUUCGCAUUUUACAAGACCGAAUGAAAUUAGUUCCCGGAGUUGGGCGGCGGCGGGCCUACGGCGAGGAAGGGCAGGUGUUCUGCAGUGUCAUGGAGGCUGGAAGUUUGGCCAUGAAACGUUUUGUAAUAAAUUGUUCAAAAGUUUCGUACGAAGGUCGUUUGCUAAAAAAAGGAAAACACGCGAUAUCUGGGUUUGUAACAGACCUUUUUGUAUUUCUUAACUAGCUUGGAAUUUUCUAACACAUCCAAGGUAUCUUUACGUGAACGCAGAAUAACAUAGAGCCAACCCUCCUGGUUUCUGUCAUAAGAGAGACACUUCAGACUUCUGUUUCGGGCUUGACUUCAAUGAAUACUGAAUCAAAGAGCACCUGCCCUUGCCCUUGCCCAAGCAGCGUUUAAUCUUACCUCUAGUCUCGAGUCUGACGAACUGGUGAGUCUUCAAACUAGUAGCUCUUAGUCGCUUCCACCCGCCCGAACGCCAACGACCAACGGCUAGAGUAAAAGGGAAAAAAGGAACACAAAUAGUCAAAUGGCUGAGUCAAGUAUCCUGUGCUAACAUGUACAUACAUAUAUCUUUAAUGAAAUCAUCAUGUUCACAGUGUGUUAAUAAAAGGAAUUUAUAAUCA